CUUUACUGGCUGUUUAAUUAGAUAAGGAACCUAGUUAAUUAAUAUGUUUAUGACGUAUAUUUGGGCGUUGCCUUUCCCAUUUUCGCGUGCUCUGUGGGCGUGGAUGCAGUGAUGUCAUUCAAAAAUCCUUAAAAGUCUUCCGGAGUAGGAAGCUUUUAUGUUCCCUACGCUGGAAGCCUCCUACAGGAGAAUUUUAAGCGGCUUCUUUCAUCUCCUACGGUAUUCGGACAGGUGGCAAGAUGGCGUCACGAAAUCAGUUUCCGGGUCACGGAGGAGAGGAGGAGGAUCGGUAGGAAAAAGGAGACACUUUUGGGGUUUCUGGACGCAGCCAUGGUGUAUCCUGCUCCAGCUUCACUGCGCUGCUCGUAUUUGCUGCUAACUUCCGGGAACUAUUGACAGGCUCCACGGUCCGCCAUUGCUGUAAAAAACUGGUCCAUUGGAGUGAACGGAGUUGACGCAACUCUAGAGCCAUGGUUUAGACAGGUUCACUGUUCUGCCCAGUACUGCUGCUACAGUCACACAUGUAGAUCAGGUGGUGGUAGGAGUGCAGAUGUCUUUCUCUGCUCGAAGAUGGGGAACAGUCUAUGGGGAAAAAAAGAGGAAAAGAUGGACUGGAGUGAUUCUGAACAUACGUCUGACGGACCUGGGGAUCUCACUUCUCCUGAACCAGCUUGGAUGGUUCUGAACCCAGAAAGAAACUGGAUCACAAUGGCUCCAACUACUGCAAUGGGAUCACAACAGGCUCCCCCUUCUCCUGUAUCAUCUCGAAUGCUUCCAAACGUAGAAUGUAACAGGGAUCCCACUCCUACAGUGACAUCACAUCAGGAAGGAGAAUCAAGAGCCAGACUAAAAGAAGACCUGCUUAAGAGACUUGACCUUGAUCUGAAAUAUAACAACAAGCUAACCAAAGAAGGCUUCCUUGAAAUAACACCAUUAUUACAGAACGAUGAGUGCAAAACUGAGAAGGAUCUUGUUCACACUUUUAUUCAGAGGCUUCUGACCAUAGAUUACAGAGCAAGACACCUCUCUGUUAAGAAUCACCCAACAAUACCAAAGUCUCACCCAGUUGGAAAAGGUGUCUUUGGUGCCCUUUCAAACAGAAAUGCUGGAAACAAAGAAAAGAAACAAGCUCAUGUUCACCCAAUGGAUGUUGAAAUGGCAGUGUUUCAUUGUUCAGAUAUUUUCUUUCAGCAGAUCAUGGUAACUAAGCUGUCUCAGUGUCAGUAUGCAGUUCCUCUUCUGGUUCCAAAUCGUUUCUCUGGACAGAUUGAAUUCCCUCUGUGGACGAUGCGUCAGAUCAGUAAGAGCUGGAAAACCACUGAUACUUCUGGCAGAGUCACUAGUAAGACCCUGCCCAUGUACAAAGCUCAAACUCCAAUGGUGGCAUUCUUCAGGAUUGGUUCGAUUUCUUCAUCAAAGUCUCAGCUGAUGAACAGGCUGAUCAAUGAGAAGCACGACACGUUCUUCCACAGGGACUGUCCAGGCAGCAGCAGAGAGCGUCUACUGAUGGAUGGAGUGGUGGAGAUCGCCUGGUACCUCCCAUCUGGAAAAAGCACUGAUCAUUUCUCAGACUGUGUAGCGUUCUGUAAUCUACAUGGAGAUUCCAGCAUCAACGAGACUCAGAGAAAGAUUCUUACUGAAAUGUCCUCUGUGAAUGUUGUACUUUUACCUCAACUUGAUGAGAAUGACAACAAUAUGGUUAUUGUGAAGGAACUUUGUGAGGGUUCAACUCCUCUCAUUGUUGUUCUGACUGAUGAAGAGGAUGAUUCUGAAGAUGCUGUAUCUGAGAUUGGGGAAGGAAAAUACAGAGUAUCACUGAAGGGCAGAAACCAGUCUGAUGUUUCUGUUGCUCUCAGAGAAGUUAUCAAAAACUGCCUCUCAGAACAGCCUGUGACCUUCAGUGUGGAGAAGAUAGCAGAACAUUCAGAGAUAAAGGUGGAUGAGGAUAAUGAAGACUGUCAGAGAGGAAAGAAAUCUGCACAGGAGAUAAUGAGAUUACUGAAAAGAGAAAAUCCAUCAACAGUCAAAGAAAAGUAUCUGCCCUGCCAGGGGAAGCUGUGGCAUGACUGGUGCCAAAAAAACAAAGAACUGCGACGUCUUAAAAGUGACAACUUAGAAUUAGAGAAAAGCAGAAAGGAAGCAGAAAUGAAGGAAAUAAGAAUCAAACAGCAGAAUCAUGGUUUCAGUGAACUCAUGGGGUUAGUUGUAGAAAGUUUAGACUUGCUGUCAGAAAGUGGGAAAAUGUAUUUCCUCAAGUGGCUGGCAAUCCUACUGGAUGAUUUCUCUUCAGACAAGCUCUCUGUCCUCCUUAAAGAGUACCACCAAAAAUGGUCAGAGGUGCUGGCUUUGAGAAAAAAGCAUGACAAACUUGAGGAUGAAAAAACAAAAACUAGCUUUAAAAAUACAUUACACAAACAGACUUAUGAUUUCUCCAAAAAAAUGCAUCCAGAACAUAACAAAAUAGAUCAACUUAAAACUGAACAACUAAAUCUAGAAAAGAUCUCCAACAAGCUUAAUGCUGCCACAUUUGGUUUGGAGCACAUGCUGAGAGAGAUGGGUCAGAUUUAUGAAGCUUCAGUCUCUGAGAAAAGAGGAACGAAAAGAAAAAGAAAUGUAGACUAUACUGACCUUCCUAAUCUUGCUGCUGAACUCAUGAUAUCUGGCCACCCGAUGGAGCUGAUGGAUGGUGAUGCUGCUCAUGUUCCUCUGGUCUGGGUUUCAGCAGUUCUGGAUAAGGUCAUCAGAAAACUGGGAGACCAGAGAGUCUUUGUGUUGUCAGUUCUGGGAAUUCAGAGCUCAGGGAAAUCCACCAUGCUCAACGCCAUGUUCGGACUCCAGUUUGCAGUCAGUGCUGGAAGAUGCACCAGAGGAGCCUUCAUGCAGCUGGUGAAAGUGUCUGAGGAGAUGAAGGGGGAACUGAAGUUUGACUACAUUCUGGUUGUUGAUACUGAAGGUCUCCGAGCUUUAGAGCUGGCUGGAAAAGACACCAUACAUCAUGAUAAUGAACUGGCAACAUUUGUUCUAGGUCUUGGAAACAUGACUUUGAUCAACAUCUUUGGAGAAAACCCAUCAGAGAUACAGGACAUUCUUCAGAUUGUUGUUCAGGCCUUCAUGAGGAUGAAGAAGGUCAGAUUGAAUCCCAGCUGUGUGUUUGUUCAUCAGAAUGUUACUGAUGUUGCAGCUGGAGAGAAAAUGAUGGAGGGAAGAAGGCGGUUACAAGACAGACUGGAUGAAAUGACCAGGUUAGCUGCUAAAGAUGAAGUAUGUGAUGCAGAAUGUUUCAGUGAUGUCAUUGCAUUUAAUGUACAGAAGGAUGUGAAGUACUUCUCUCAGCUCUGGGAGGGCAGCCCACCCAUGGCUCCACCAAACCCACGCUACAGUGAAAAUGUUCAGGAGCUGAAGAGAGACAUUGUUUCUCGUGCAUCAAAAACAAGCUGCAUGAAAUUAUCACAGUUUCAGCAGCGAGUGAAAGACCUCUGGGAGGCUCUGCUGAAUGAAAACUUUGUCUUCAGUUUCAGGAACACACUGGAGAUAUCAGUGUACAGGAAACUGGAGGAGGAGUAUGAGAAAUGGACCUGGAGUCUCAGGAGUGCCAUGCUGAGUAUUGAAGACAAGAUGCUAAACAGAAUCUCCAGUGGAAAAUUAGAAGCAGUGGGAAAACAAGAGCUGAUGAGAGAAAUGUCAGAGACUCUGCAGAAAGUCCAAAUAUCAUUUAAAAAGUAUUUUGAAGAAGACAGUGAAAAGGAAACUCUGAUUCAGUGGAAAAGCAGAUUUGAGAAACAAAUACAACACGUCCAUGAUGACCUUGUAGAUGAGGCCAAAAGAAAACUGGAUGAGAACAUCAAACAGAAAAACAUUCGGAAAAAUCUGGAUGAGCAGCUGAAAAAUCACGAAAAUACUCUUUUUGAAAAAAGUAAAGAAUUUGCAUUGAAGCUUAAAGUAGACAGGAGCAAAAACAGAGAUCCAAAAGCAGAAUUUGAUUCAGUUUGGGGAAAGUGGGUCUCUGAAUUAACUACAGAUGUUCCGAAAAUCAAAGAUGUUAACAUCUUAGAAGAUGUCUUUAACAUUCUGGGGGAGUUUUAUGAAUAUGAUCUUGUUGUUGGACAAAAGAAAAGUGCCGGUUACAAAAUGAUUUGCACUGUUGGAGAUUAUCUAAACUAUGUUUCCCUGAAAAAGAACAAGUUUUUAAAAGUUUUUUCUGUCAUUGAAAAUAUACCAUUUAUGGGUAAGGCCCUCAAACCAGAGGAUCAGAUAUCAAUACGCGAGCUGAUUUCUAAGGUCAUUCAUCAAACAACAGAAAAAGUGAAAUUAUUUCCAGUCUCAGUGCAGGGAUACAGCUCAGGCUAUAUCCAGGAGCUUGCACGAGAUGUCAAACAACUAGUGCAGGAGUUGAAACCAAGACACGACUCCUUUGAGUUUAAGAAAGAGUUUUAUGUUGAUCUCUCUCUUUAUGUGUGUGAUCAAGCAGAGAAACGCUUUAAGGAACUUCACCGAAAAUACAAAGAAGCAAAUGAUCCACUUCUGUACUUUGAAAGGAAAAAGGCUGAAUAUGUUAAAGUCUUUGAGAAUUACUGGAAAGGAGCAACAUCUGCAGCAGUGCUUGGAGACCAAAUCUGUGUUAAACUGAAAGAAACAAUGCUGCAGAGUGUGUACAACAUGAUCGCUAAAUUCAUCUGUGAUCAGAUGAGAGGAAAACCUCCAUUUAAUGGAAACAGAGGAGAUCUGGAGAAACACAUUCUGAAGACUCUGGCAGAGCAGGAGGGAGAUAAGGAGGAAAAGUUUAAAAACUUCUUAACAUACAUGUACCUGCCCAGGGCAUACUUUGAAAUGUUCAUCAAACGUAAGGUUAAAGAGCACAUGGCAGCAAGAAACCCACAGGCAGUUUCUGCAAUAAAAGAACACUUCGACUACAAACAGAGAAUUGUCAUUAGUGCAGCAAAAAUGGCCAGAGAUGAAGUCAUGGACAUUGGUGGAGAUGUGAACACUUGGCUCGACAUUUUCUCCAACAGUCUUGUAGAUGAGUUGGGAGAUACUAGUGUUCAUCUAGGUGAUGGUGUUACAGAAGAUGUCACUGACUAUGACAUUCUGCUUGAUUUUAUUCAAAAGGAGCUCCCAUCGGUUGUUGCUGAGCUGAAAGGAAGCUUCUGUAAGCUUUCAGAUCUGAAAGAGGAGAUGUUUAGAGAAAAGCCUGAAGAGAUUCUGAUCAAACACUUCUGCAGGUGCUGCUGGACAAAGUGCCCCUUCUGUGGAGCUGUUUGUACCAACAGUCAAGAAGACCAUACUGGAGAUCACCAUGUAGAUUUCCACCGUUCAUCUGGAAUAAUUGGAAGAAAAUACAGAGGGACAACAGAAUUUGUCACAGAAUUUUGCACCACAUUAGUAGCAAGUGAGAAAUCUUUCUACCCAUUAAGUGAUUCGGAUUGGCUUGUCCCUUACAAACAGUACAGAACAGCAGGAGAACAUAUUGCUAAAUGGUGCAUCUCCUCUGACUUUUCAGAGAUGGCAUAUUGGAAAUGGUUUGUUUGUGAGUUUCAGGAAAACCUUGAAAAUCACUACCAGCUUACUUUUAGUGGUAAUGGAGAGAUUCCUUCUGAAUGGACUAAAUUUACUCAGGCUGAUGCAGUUGCAAGCUUAGGAAUAAACUAAAAAGGAAAGAACUAACAGAAAGUGUUUUUUGACAUACAUUGUGAUAUAAGUUUUCUAAGACAAAAAUAAAUCCAGCUGAAUUUGCAUUGCUUCCUAAAUAAACUUAUUAAAUUGAAAAGGUCAAAAAGUAACUUUAAAUGUAUUUAAGAAAAAAUGUAGCAACAAAAUCUGAUACAGAGUAGCUGUUUGUAACAUUCACAGAAUAAUUGCAUGAUCUUUACCAAGUGAUGUGGGUUUUCUCUUUUUUCAGUACAAAAUAUGCUUAAAUGAAUGCAUGUUCAACUUAUGUCAAGAUGAUGUUUUUAUAUUUUUGUUUUACAAUCAUGUAGCUCAUUUAAUGCUGAACAGUCCAGCUGUACUGUCAAUACAAUUUUCAAUAAUAAAAAAAUGGGAUAUUGUGUGAAAAUAAAAAACUGAAC